UCCCAGCGCAGCCCAUUCCAACGCCUGACCACUCUUUAGAAGAAUUUCCCCCUAUUCCCGAUCUGACUCUGCCCUGGCUCUCCAACCAGGCAGCGGGCAGCGCCGGGGCGUGCACUGAGCGUGGGCAGCGCCCGAGCGCUUCGCCACGAUCCGCGGGGCUGCGGCACCGCUGCGGGUGAUCCCGGCUCCCGCUGCCCGUUCGUGCCGCCGGUCGGUGCUGCUGCUCCGUUGGCCGCCCCUCCCCGGCCGCCGCCAUGGCUGCGUGCGGUGAGGCUGUGCGCGGCUUCCUCUUCGAGUACGACACCCCCCGCAUCGUGCUGAUCCGCAGCCGCAAAGUCGGGCUCAUCAACCGCGCCGUGCAGCUCGGCAUCCUCGCCUACGUGAUCGGCUGGGUCUUUCUGUGGGAGAAGGGCUACCAGGAGACGGAUUCUGUGGUCAGUUCUGUUACCACGAAGGUGAAAGGAGUAACAAUGACAAACACGUCCACGUUGGGAACCAGGAUCUGGGAUGUAGCUGACUAUGUCAUCCCUCCCCAGGAGAAGAACGCUGUGUUUAUCAUGACCAACAUGAUAGUCACACCAAACCAGCACCAAGGCCACUGCGCAGAGCUUCCAGAUGAUAACACAGUGUGCAAGGACAACAGCAGCUGCGUUCCAGGAUACGUCAGCAUCCACAGCAAUGGUAUCCAGACCGGGGCGUGCAUACCAUACAACAGAAGCAUCAAUACCUGUGAAGUUUUUGCGUGGUGCCCUGUGGAGGAUGACUAUCCCAUACCCAAGCCAGCAUUCUUGCAAGAAGCUGAGAACUUCACCAUUCUGGUAAAGAACAACAUUUGGUAUUCCAAGUUCAACUUCACCAAGCGAAACAUCCUCCCCACUUUCAGUUCCACUUAUCUCAAGAACUGCAUCUAUGAUGCCCAGACAGAUCCCUUCUGUCCUAUCUUUCGUCUGGGGAACAUAGUUAAAGCUGCAGGGCAGAACUUCCAGGAAAUGGCUGUGGAGGGUGGGGUCAUGGGGCUGCAGAUCAACUGGGACUGCAACCUUGACAGAGCUGCUUCCCACUGUGUGCCUAAGUAUUCCUUCCGGCGCCUGGACAACAAGGACUCUGCCAACACCAUCUCACCUGGGUACAACUUCAGGUUUGCAAAAUACUACAAGGAUAGUAGUGGCAUUGAAACACGAACGCUUACCAAAACUUAUGGCAUCCGCAUUGAUAUCAUAGUGUUUGGAAAGGCAGGCAAAUUUGAUGUAAUUCCUACAAUGAUUAACAUCGGCUCUGGCUUAGCGCUGUUUGGAGCGGCAACAGUGCUAUGUGACAUCAUUGUCCUGUACUGCAUGAAAAAGAGAUACUUCUAUCGGGAGAAGAAGUACAAAUAUGUGGAGGAUUACGAAGUGGUAAGCACGAACAAAGGCAGAAUGGAGGGCACAAGUGAGACGUACGGAACAAACUCCUGACCUGCUGCUGCUGCACCAACUGGAUGUGAAGGGACACUGUGAAUGUUACUGUAACCCUGCUGUGAGAACUACCCCUCUCCUUUGGAAGGAAGGGGGAACAGAACCUAAGAAAGGGACCUUCUUCAUUACUCAUCACCUUUGGCUGGCCAGAACUGAAGAGGAGAACCAGAUCUGCUCCUUGUCUGUUCUUUCCAGGUUAACUGCACCAAGCACAUGCAGAGCCUUGUGGCCUCAUACCAGACAUCUGCACCAGCAGACCUGGGAUAGGGACUGCUCCGUCCUUGUCAUUUCAGCAGUCCUUUCCCCGAGCUCACUGCUAACAGUGAUGAAGCCCUUAAAGAAGCACAGACUCUUCCUCACAGGGAACAUGCAAACUCUCAUAGCUUUGAUAAAAACCAAUCAAAUAUGA